AACCGUACAAAAUGAGUAUCGAGUGCUGUUGGCUUCGUACAAACGAACAAUCUGGCGCCAAAACGUGAGAGCAGUACCUUCGCUUAUGCUAUUUUUACUCAUUGACCUGAUCAUAUACGAAACCUUACAAUCUGGUGGCUUGUGGCUGAAAACGCAAACAUUGCCAUUCCAUUUGCAGCCACAUACCGCGGCCGCCUGCGACAUUCUCCUGCAAAUUUGUUAGAAAAUAUGUGAUCCCCUCUUUGACCAUAAAGAGACUGAAGUCCUGCCGAGUAUUCAAGCCACUGCUGUUUUUCUGCUUACUUACCGAUCCCUUCGAACCCAGCAGAGAAUAAACAUUGUCACACCUGCUUGGUUCUUAUACCAGAAAACGCAAGUUAUGGCGCCAGACCUCAACAGCCAAGAUGUGGGUAGUUUGAAGUUUACCACGACAAUUCUCAACGCACUCAGCCUGGGCGAUUCUCCAAAUCCGACUUUCAUUGAUACACUUCCGGGUGUGGCUGAAGUGAUUGAUUCUCUCGAAGGACUACCGAUUGAACCGCCAUCGAUAUAUAUUGACCUAGAGGGAGUCAAUCUUUCUCGAUACGGCACCAUCUCGAUACUACAAAUAUACAUUCACCCUCUUAAGCGAGUCUACUUGAUUGACGUUCUCUCCCUGAGAGAUAAAUGCUUCUCGACACCUGGCGAAAGUAGCCGUACUUUGAAAGAUAUUUUAGAAUCAAGCGCAAUUCCCAAGGUAUUCUUCGAUGUUCGGAACGACUCGGAUGCACUUUAUCAUCACUUUCAAAUCAAACUAGCCGGUAUACUCGAUCUUCAACUCAUGGAGCUUGCAACCCGAAAUGGCCCUAGAAGAUAUGUUUCCGGACUCGCAAAGUGCAUUGAAAGAGAUGCUCCCCUCUCCAUCACCGAGAGGCGCAGCUGGAUGCAAGUCAAGGACAAAGGGAUGCAGCUUUUCAAACCCGAGAAUGGCGGGAGUUAUGCAGUGUUUAACGAACGGCCCCUGCGAGAGGACAUUAGCCUCUACUGCGCCCAGGAUGUACGCAUUCUGCCUCUAUUGUGGGCACACUAUAGUAAAAGAAUCACGCCUGCAUGGAAGCAGAGGGUAAUCAGGGUUUCAACGGAAAGAGUUGAGCAAUCUCAGUCGCCAGGUUACAAUGGACAUGGGCCGCACAAGGCAUUGGCCCCUGCUUUUUGGUAGUGAAGUGGCAUGCUGCAUGGUAUGCUGUUUUUUGAGGUUUCA